AAUCAAGCAGCUACCACAGUGCAACGAGUGAAGCCACUCUGACCACUUCGCGCAUUGAAUUUGAAAUUCAGUUCUAGAAAAAAAUAUUUAGCACAUCCAUCAUGGGUUUUAGCACGGCAGUGAUCUUGGCUGCGGUUCUCUUGGGCAUUGCAGCUGCAAGUGAAAAUGAUGAGCAGAUCUAUCGUAUGUGUGUUCCACACAAAUACUAUAAGGAUUGUUUGAAUUUGCUGAAGGAUCCAUCGGAGGCCGGCAUAAAAAUGGAAUGUGUAUCGGGACGUGAUCGUAUCGAUUGUUUGGACAUGAUCCAUCAGGGUAAGGCUGAUGUUUUGGCCUCCGAACCGGAGGAUAUGUAUGUUGCAUAUCAUACGAAAAAUGAUGAUUAUAAGGUGAUUUCGGAAAUUCGCACCCAGGAGGAUAAGGAUGCUCCCUUCCGUUAUGAGGGCAUAAUUUUGGUCAAGAAAAAUUCCAAUAUCCACAGUUUAAAGGAGCUGCGUGGUGCCAAAUCCUGCCACACCGGUUUUGGUCGCAAUGUUGGCUAUAAAAUUCCUAUUACAAAAUUGAAAAAUGUCGACAUCUUAAAGGUGUCUCAGGAUGCUGAACUCACGGCCACGGAACGUGAACUGAAAGCCUUGUCGGAAUUCUUUUCCCAAUCGUGUUUAGUGGGUACCUAUUCACCAUAUCCUGAAACCGAUCAUUUGUUGAAGAAAAAAUAUUCCAAUUUGUGUGCCCUGUGUGAGAAACCCGAACAAUGCGACUAUCCGGAUAAGUUUUCGGGAUAUGAUGGCGCCAUACGCUGCUUGGACAAGGGCAAGGGUGAUGUGGCCUUUACCAAAGUUCAAUUUAUUAAGAAAUAUUUUGGAAUGAUUCCCGGUGUUGAGGCCGAAGGUGAUCCCACAGAUUUCGAAUAUUUGUGCGAAGAUGGCAGCCGGCGUCCCCUGGAUGGUCCAGCCUGCUCCUGGGCUCAACGUCCUUGGACUGGUUAUAUUUCCAAUAGUGAGGCCGUCAAGGGUGAACAACAAUUCCACAAUUUGCAGGAUCGUUUGGAAAAAUUCUUCGAGAAUGGUUUACAUGCUGAGAAUAAAGAAGCUGCCGCUCAUCUGCUGAUCAAUGAGAAUGCUGUCUAUCACAAGAAAGCCGAAGCUGUGGAUCCGCAACAAUAUUUGGAAAAGGCUGGCUACAAGGAUGUCAUUGAACGCGAUGGCUCGGCUUUGAGGAAAAUGAAAAUGUGUGUCCAAUCGGAUAUUGAAUUCCAGAAAUGUAAUUCAAUGCUUCGCGCUGCCUAUUCUCGUGAUAUUCGUCCCGAAAUGGAAUGCCUGAAGGAGGAGAAUUGUAUUGCAGCUGUUGCCGAGGGUAAGGCCGAUAUGGUUGCCAUUCAGGCUGACCAUUAUAAACCAGCUAGGGAAUCGAAACUCCAACCAGUUGUCUAUGAAGCCUAUGCCGAAAAUGAUAUCUAUGUGGUAGUGAUUGAUCCAGCCUUGACCAGAGAUGAUCAAAACAAGAAGCCUGUUUACUAUAAUGCCAACGACGAAAGACAACGUAAGGCAGUGGCCUAUUUGAAUCUGAUGAGAGGCUCACCUGAUUGCAACGCCCAACCCGGUGAGGAGCAGAAUCUCCUUAUUGCCAAUGUUAAGGAUUUGGGAGAACACAAAAACAAGCAAUUACUUUGCCCCAAUGGUGAAAGGAAACCGGUCAGCGAAUGGCAGUUGUGUAAUUUUGAAAUUAAUCUACCCAACGCGGUGUUUAUUCGUGAUUCAAUGACCCACGUAGAACAGGAGACAUUGAAACAUCUGUUCAUCUCGUUGUCGGAUAAAUUUGGUAAAUCCGGUAAAUUAUCAGAUGUUUUCCAACUCUUCGGCUCGUAUACACCCAACGACAAUAAUGUGCUGUUCAGCACUGAUGCCGUGGAAUUCGUCACCGAAUCGAAAAAUAAAACACCCAAUGAAGAGCUCUAUCAACGUUUGGGUUGUUUUUUUCUAAGACAUAGGUGUGAAUGUGUGCAAGCCAAUAUCAAGCUACUGCAGCAGAUGAACUUAAGACGUGAACGUGCGAUCCAUGGCUAUAUAAAGAAACCGGUUGGUUGUAAAGCACUCAUCAGUAAGGAAGAAUAUUUGUGGAGAGGACAACAAACAUUCGAAAUUCUUUGGGUAUUAGAAAAGAAAAUGAGAUUUUCAACUAAGAGUAUUGGCCUGGCAAUUGCCAUGCUGGGUAUGGUUGCCAUAGCCCAGGGCGAUGAACAGAUUUAUCGCAUGUGUGUUCCCCAUGUGUACUAUGAGGAUUGUUUGAAUUUGCUAAAGGAUCCCUCGGAGGCUGGCAUCAAAAUGGAAUGUGUAGCGGGUCGAGAUCGUAUCGAUUGUCUGGACAUGAUAAAUCAACGCAAGGCUGAUGUCUUGGCAUCCGAACCGGAGGAUAUGUAUGUGGCCUAUCAUACGAAAAAUUCCGAUUACAAGGUGAUAUCGGAGAUACGUACCAAGGAUGAUGCUGAGGCUCCCUUCCGUUAUGAAGGCGUUAUUUUGGUAAAGAAAAAUUCCCCCAUUCAUAGUUUAAAGGAGUUGCGUGGUGCCAAAUCCUGUCACACCGGUUUCGGACGCAAUGUUGGCUUUAGAAUUCCAGUGACAAAAUUGAAAAAUCAUCACAUUUUGAAAGUAUCAAUGGAUCCCGAAUUGACAGCCACCGAACGUGAGUUAAAGGCAUUGUCGGAAUUCUUUUCCCAGUCGUGUUUGGUGGGCACCUAUUCGCCAUACCCCGAAACAGAUCGUCUGUUGAAGAAAAAAUAUCCCAAUUUGUGCGCGUUGUGUGAGAAACCCGAACAAUGCAACUAUCCGGAUAAGUUUUCGGGUUAUGAUGGUGCCAUACGCUGUCUGGACAAGGGCAAGGGUGAUGUAGCCUUUACCAAAGUUCAAUUUAUCAAAAAAUAUUUCGGGAUGGUUCCAAAUGUUGCUGCUGAAGGUGAUCCCUCGCAGUUUGAAUAUUUGUGUGAAGAUGGCACCAGACGACCAAUCAGUGGACCCGCCUGUUCAUGGGCUCAGCGUCCAUGGACUGGCUACAUUUCGAAUACUGAUGCCGUGAAGGGGGAACAAAAAUUCCACAAUCUACAGCAGCGUUUGGAAAAAUUCUUCGAAAAUGGUUUACAUGCCGAAAAUAAGGAGGCCGCCUCACAUCUCUUGAUCAAUCCCAAUGCUGUCUAUCACAGCAAACCACAGGCUGUUGAUCCCAAGGAAUAUUUGGAAAAGGCCGGCUACAAGGAUGUCAUUGAACGUGAUGGCUCGGCCAUAAGGAAAAUGAAAAUGUGUGUCCAGACCGAUAUUGAAAUGCAAAAAUGCGAUACCAUGCGUCGUGCUGCCUAUUCCCGUGAUAUACGUCCCGAAAUUGAGUGUGUACAGGAGAGGGAUUGCAUAUACGCUGUCAAGGACAAGAAGGCCGAUAUGACAGCUGUUCGGGCCCGGAAUUACAAGGAUGCCCGCGAUGUUAAGCUCAAGCCCAUUGUCUAUGAGGCUUAUGAUAAAAACGAUGUAUAUGUUGCGGUGGUGGAACCAACUCUGGAUAAUUUACAAAAUAUGCCCAUUUUCUUCAAUGGUCAGGAUGAGAGGGCCCACAAAGCAGCCGAUUAUCUCAACAAAAUGCGUGGCAUUACCGCCUGCCAGAAUGCACCCUCGUCGGAGAAGAACAUCAUGAUUGUCAAUGCCAUGGAAUUGAAUGAAUAUAAAAAUAAACAAUUGCUGUGUCCCAACAAGGAGAGGAAACCGGUGAGCGAUUGGCAAAAUUGUAAUUGUGAAGCCAAUCUACCGGUGGCCAUAUUCGUACGCGAUUCCAUGACCCGUGUCGAACAGGAGACCUUGAAACAUUUGUUCGUUUCACUUUCGGAGAAAUUUGGUAGAAAUGGUAAAGUUCCGGAUGUCUUUGCUCUAUUCGGCCCCUAUAAGAAGGAGAACCGUGAUGUUCUGUUCAGCGACAAUGCUGUGGAAUUUAUUACCGAGUUGAAGAAUGAAAAUACCAGCGAAAGAAUUUACCAGGGAUUGUCAUGUGAUGGUAAUACCAUUGUGAAGCACUAAUUGGAUGGUUUCUUGGGAAGCCAAUAGUAUUUAAAAAAAUAAAACAAAUAUUGAGAAGAAUCAAA